UUGUUAUUGAAAACGAUAUCAGGAUAUAUCACAAUAGCAUGGCAUCUCAAAAUAAGGAGGCACCUCCUGCUUAUCAAGAAGUAGCAGGUCAACAAGGUGGUGGAAAUUAUGGGGCAGUUCCCCCAACUGCACCCUAUCAGGCAGGUUAUCCCCCGGCAGGGGCAUACAAUCAUGGUUAUGAUCCCUCCAAACACCAUCAAGGAUACAACCAGCCAGGAUAUCAUCAGGGCGGGCAACCAGGAUAUGGACAGCAAGGGUACCAGCAGCAAUAUGGGGUUGUAGUUCAGCAACAGCCAGCAACUCAAGUAGUUCUUGUUGGGGGCUGUCCAGCAUGCAGGUCUGGAGUUCUGGAGGAAGACUACACGUGUUUAGGUGUUCUUUGUGCUAUACUGUUCUUUCCCCUCGGCAUUCUUUGUUGUUUAGCCAUGCGACAACGGCGUUGUCCAAACUGUGGGGCUGUGUUUGAUUAGGACAUGUCAUACAGAUUUAAAGAGAUAACAACACAGAUAGAUACCACAAACAGAUGCAGGGACAUGAUGAGUUAUUUUGUAAUGUCAUUCAUCUGCAUGUACAUGUAUAUAUUGAUGUUUUCUAGAUUUAGUGAUCAAUUCCCAAAAUUCUACAAUUACCGGUACAAUAUAUAUAUGUAUUUUUUUGUUUUUUGUUUUUGCUUUAAUAACGUAUUUUAGUUGAGUAAAAAAUCCGUGAUCUUUCAGAAAAGUUCAUCAAAUUGUAUAAAUUUACAGAUUUUCCUAGGACAGUCAGACCAAUAUAUUUCUUCAUUUUGAUCAUUUUGUAACACAUUAGUAAGUAUUAUAUCUGAGAUGAUUCCAUUUUGUUCACAUUCUCACCGUUACAUCUUUUCAGACAUACAUCCCUGAAUUUCUUCUUCUUUUUUUUUUUUAUUUGACAGAUUAAUGACAGGAAACUUCAAUAUUUGGACCUGUUAGUAUUCUUUUGAAAUCUAUAAUAGUUACCCAUAAUCCUUUGUGUUUUAUUUGGAGAAAAGUUUAAUGAUUUCAUGAUGAAAACAGCAUUUGAUCUGUGAGAAAAAAGAGAAAGUAUUGUCCUCUUAUUUACAUGUAUUGGUUGUGAACCAUUUACAUGUGUAAAAUUCAUGUUUUUCAGUGGAGAAAUCUUAAUGCACUUGUGCAUGCAUGAAUGUCGGUUAUUUAGUUAUUUUAAAGAUUUUUAUGCAUUGUUAACUAUUGGGUAUAUAGAUAUUCUAAAGAAUUUAAGAAUUUUAUUGAAAAAUGUGCAAUAUAAAAUAUUAUUAAUUUUUGUGAUGUUAUAAUCACCAAAUUAGAUAUAUAGCUAUACAUUAUCAUUCAUGUUUACCUUACAAGUUUUAAGUAUGUAUAUUAUAAAAUCUUUGUUACUAAUGAUGCAUCCCUUGUUUCUCCGAUACCCUGAUGGACUUUUAAAAACACAGAUAGCACUAAUGUAAAUAAAAAGCUUAUGAUUUCCUGGAAAUAUAUUACAAGUGUAAAAAAGGAUUGGUCUGGUGGGCUUGCAAUGCAGACAAUGGACAAAAUGUAGGGAGGAAAGUUAAUUGAUUCCUGAUAAGGACUUGCAUAGUGUGAUUAUUUGAAAUAAUGUUAAUACAUAUACAUUGUACAGUUGUCGUUUUCAUCUCGUUUCAUGAUCUGCAAUUGUUGCACAAUUUACAUUUACACAUCUUCAUUGUUAUUGAUUUUUUUUUAUGUUCCACUUGUAAAUCAGUUGUAAAUAAAUUUUGUAAUUGA